CCAGACUGCGGGAGAGCUCUCAGGAUGCUGCCGCCGGUGCCCUCCUGCCUCGGACUGCUGCUGCUGCUGCUCUUGUGCCCUGCGCACGUCGGUGGACUGUGGUGGGCCGUGGGCAGCCCCCUGGUCAUGGAUCCUACCAGCAUCUGCAGGAAGGCCAGGAGGCUGGCAGGAAGGCAGGCUGAGCUGUGCCAGGCGGAGCCGGAAGUAGUGGCAGAGCUUGCCCGGGGCGCAAGACUGGGGGUUCGAGAAUGUCAGUUCCAGUUCCGUUUCCGACGCUGGAACUGCUCCAGUCACAGCAAGGCCUUUGGGCGCGUCCUGCAGCAGGACAUUCGAGAGACAGCUUUUGUGUUUGCAAUUACCGCAGCGGGUGCCAGCCACGCGGUCACUCAGGCCUGUUCCAUGGGAGAGCUCCUACAGUGUGGUUGUCAGGCACCCCGCGGGCGCGCACCGCCUAGGCCCUCCGGCCUUCUGGGCACUCCUGGACCUCCGGGACCAACAGGCUCUCCAGAUGCCAGCGCAGCCUGGGAGUGGGGAGGCUGCGGAGAUGAUGUCGACUUUGGGGAUGAGAAGUCAAGACUCUUUAUGGAUGCACAGCACAAGCGGGGACGUGGAGAUAUCCGUGCUUUGGUGCAACUGCAUAACAACGAGGCGGGCAGGCUGGCGGUGCGGAGCCACACGCGCACCGAGUGUAAGUGCCAUGGGCUUUCGGGUUCCUGUGCUCUGCGCACCUGCUGGCAGAAGCUGCCACCGUUCCGCGAGGUGGGCGCACGACUGCUGGAGCGCUUCCACGGCGCCUCACGCGUCAUGGGCACCAACGACGGCAAAGCUCUGUUGCCUGCGGUCCGCACCCUCAAGCCUCCUGGCCGAGCCGAUCUCCUCUAUGCAGCCGAUUCACCCGACUUCUGCGCCCCCAACCGGCGCACCGGUUCACCGGGCACGCGCGGCCGCGCCUGCAACAGCAGUGCCCCGGACCUUAGCGGCUGCGACCUGUUGUGCUGCGGUCGCGGACACCGCCAGGAGAGCGUACAGCUCGAGGAGAACUGCCUGUGCCGUUUCCACUGGUGCUGCGUGGUGCAAUGCCACCGCUGCCGCGUGCGCAAGGAGCUCAGCCUGUGCCUCUGACUCGCCGCUGGUCUUGGAACUGCUUGCAUUCAAUUUGCAGGACUACUAGAUUCCAGCAGGGGGCACUGUCUGUGUCCAGCGGCUCCCUAGGAAAAGUACCUAUUAGGCCUUGGGAAAUUACAGGGGCCAGACAAGAACUUGGGGUUUACACCAGCUCAAGAAAGCCGAGGUGGGGGGGGGCAUGCCCCUCCAGCAUUCCCCAGAAAGGCCCUCUGCUACUUUCUGCAGGAGACUAAGCAGGAUCUCCCUCCCUUUGGCCUUCCAGAUGGAAAUAAAAAAGCCAGACUCUGGCCUCCAGAAAUAGUACUCCUCAGAAUUACUGGGGUGGAUGGGUGAGUUUAGUAUUAAUAAAGACAUUUAAAUCCACAGUUUGAGAGGAAGUUGGGAUAGGAUAGAGGGUCAGGAUAUGGUGGCCCCGGUAAAGUUAGCGUUUCAUUCUGAGACUAUCUCAUUCCACCGGUUACCAAGGCAGGAAGGAGUGAGGGAGGACUUGUGGAAAGGCUGAGAACGGGGUGAGGAAACCU